CCGGAAGGAGCGGCGGCCGCCCAGGGAAGCGUCGGGCUGCGGCCGGGAUCCCCGCGGGCCGCUGCGGAGCCGGGUUGCGGCCCCCGCGGAGCCGAGCGCGCAGGGCUGCGAGGAGGAGGAGGAAGGAGGAGGAGGAGCGCCCGGGCGGCGGCGGAGGUAUUGCCUGAUUUGGAAAACCUUGAGAAAUUGGGAAAAAUUGUGAGAAAAUGACGACUUUUCGAAAUCAUUGUCCACAUUUGGAUUCCGUUGGUGAAAUAACAAAAGAGGAUUUGAUACAGAAAUCUCAUGGUGCUUGUCAGGACUGUAAAGUCAGAGGACCCAAUCUGUGGGCAUGCCUGGAGAAUCGGUGUUCCUACGUUGGCUGUGGAGAGUCACAAGUUGAUCAUAGCACCAUACACUCACAGGAGACAAAGCAUCACCUGACUGUGAACCUCACCACUCUUCGAGUGUGGUGUUACGCUUGCAGCAAAGAAGUGUUUCUGGAUAGAAAAUUAGGAACUCCUUCUUCAUUGCCUCAUGUAAGACAACCUCAACAAACACAAGAAAACAGUGUGCAGGAUUUUAAAAUCCCCAGCAGUACAGCACUGAAAACCCCCCUGGUUGCUGUGUUUGAAGAUCUGGACACAGAAGUAGAAGAAGAGGAUGAGCUGAAGGCGAGAGGCCUUACAGGUUUGAAGAACAUCGGAAAUACCUGUUACAUGAAUGCAGCCCUGCAGGCUCUUUCUAACUGCCCGCCUUUGACACAGUUCUUUCUCGAUUGUGGAGGACUGGCGAGAACAGAUAAGAAACCAGCCAUUUGUAAAAGUUAUCUCAAACUAAUGACAGAAUUGUGGCACAAGAGCAGACCAGGGUCUGUUGUACCUGCUAAUCUGUUCCAAGGAAUUAAAACUGUGAACCCAACUUUUCGAGGCUAUUCUCAGCAGGAUGCCCAGGAAUUCCUUCGCUGUUUAAUGGAUCUACUUCAUGAAGAGCUAAAGGAGCAGGUCAUGGAAAUAGAGGAAGACCCUCAAACACUGAUGUCUGAGGAGAAUGCUGAGGAAGAGAAGAGCCAGUCGGAUGUUGAUUUUCAGUCCUGCGAGUCUUGUAGCAGCAGCGAGAAAGCAGAAAACGAGAGUGGCUCCAAAGGCUUUGCUGAAGACAGUAAUGAAACCACAAUGCUCAUUCAGGAUGAGGACGACUUAGAGAUGGCCAAAGACUGGCAGAAAGAGAAGAUGUGCAAUAAGAUCAAUAAGGCCAAUUCUGAAAUAGAACUGGAUAAAGAUAGAGACACCGUGUGUGAAACGGUUGACCUGAACAGCCAGGAGACUGUCAAAGUGCAAAUACAUGGCAGAGCUUCAGAAUAUGUCACUGAUGUCCAUUUGAAUGACCUAUCUACAUCACAGAUUCUCCCAUCAAAUGAAAGUGCUAGCCCACGUCUGUCAGCAAGCCCUCCUAAGUCAGGCAAUCUGUGGCCAGGAUUGACACCUCCACACAAAAAAGCUCAGUCUGCAUCUCCAAAGAGGAAAAAGCAGCAUAAGAAAUACAGGAGUGUCAUUUCUGACAUAUUUGAUGGAACCAUCAUUAGUUCAGUACAGUGUCUGACGUGUGACAGGGUGUCUGUAACCCUCGAGACCUUUCAGGAUCUGUCCUUGCCGAUUCCUGGCAAGGAAGACCUUGCCAAGCUGCACUCCUCCAGCCACCCAACCAUAGUCAAAGCAGGGUCGUGUGGUGAAGCGUAUGCGCCACAAGGGUGGAUAGCUUUCUUCAUGGAGUAUGUGAAGAGGUUUGUUGUCUCAUGUGUCCCUAGCUGGUUUUGGGGUCCAGUAGUAACCUUGCAAGAUUGUCUUGCUGCCUUCUUCGCCAGAGAUGAACUUAAAGGUGACAAUAUGUACAGUUGUGAAAAAUGCAAAAAGUUGAGGAAUGGAGUAAAGUUCUGUAAGGUGCAGAAGUUUCCCGAGAUUUUGUGUAUCCACCUUAAAAGAUUUCGGCACGAACUGAUGUUUUCUACCAAAAUCAGCACCCACGUCUCCUUCCCGCUGGAAGGGCUGGACCUCCAGCCAUUUCUUGCAAAGGAUAGCCCAGCCCAGAUUGUGACAUAUGACCUACUGUCAGUCAUUUGUCACCAUGGGACCGCAAGCAGUGGGCACUAUAUCGCCUAUUGCCGCAACAAUUUAAAUAACCUGUGGUAUGAAUUUGAUGACCAGAGCGUCACUGAAGUUUCAGAGUCCACUGUCCAGAACGCGGAGGCCUACGUCCUUUUCUAUAGGAAGAGCAGUGAAGAGGCCCAGAAGGAGAGACGCAGGAUAUCCAACCUGCUGAACAUAAUGGAGCCCAGCCUCCUUCAGUUUUAUGUGUCUCGACAGUGGCUAAAUAAAUUCAAGACCUUCGCUGAACCUGGCCCUAUUUCAAAUAAUGACUUUCUCUGUAUUCAUGGAGGUAUUCCUCCACGAAAAGCUAGUUAUAUUGAAGACUUAGUUUUAAUGCUGCCUCAGAACAUUUGGGAUAACCUCUAUAGCAGGUAUGGAGGAGGACCCGCUGUCAACCAUCUGUACAUUUGUCACACUUGCCAGAUCGAGGCAGAGAAGAUUGAAAAAAGAAGAAAAACUGAAUUGGAAAUUUUUAUUCGGCUCAACAGAGCGUUUCAAGAGGAGGACUCCCCGGCCACCUUUUACUGUAUCAGUAUGCAGUGGUUCAGAGAGUGGGAGAGCUUCGUCAAGGGCAAGGAUGGAGAUCCUCCAGGCCCGAUCGACAACACGAAGAUUGCAGUCACUAAAUGUGGUAACGUGACGCUCAAGCAAGGUGCAGACUCUGGUCAAAUCUCAGAAGAAACUUGGAAUUUCCUGCAGUCCAUAUAUGGUGGAGGGCCUGAAGUCAUCCUCCGGCCUCCAGUUGUUCACGUUGACCCUGAUGUAGCACAGGCAGAGGAAAAGAUUGAAGUGGACACUCGAUCUCUGUAGUUUUGAGGGCACAGAGCUCUAACAACGCACACACAUUCGAAACAUUCCUUAAAGCAUGUCUGUCUCUUUGAUUUUCAUCUUGUGUCACAUUUAUUUCUUUGUACUGGGCAUUAUGGGCGGGUAUGUGAAAAUGUGUAAUAUAAGUUGGUAAUAUUUAAUGUUAAUUACCAUAAUGUCUUUCAGUGAACUGUUUUGAAAGGAAAGGGACACUUGGUAAUUAGGUUCUCUGACCUUUGUCCCACACGCAGAUCCAGGUAACCUCCUUAGCACUGUAAAUACUUCUUGAAAAUUUUUUCAUUGCCCUAAGUCAUCAUAACUGGCCAGUCUUUUCAGUUCUCAAAAAAAAACUAAUUUAAUUAUAUAAUUUUGACAUGGCUUUGCAUAGUAAGGAGCCUAUUUUUAAUUUAGAGUAGUGGUCAGAAAACUGUUAAUUUCCUAAAGCUCAGGAAACAUUAGGGUGUUACUUAUUUUGCACUGCAGCAUAAAAUAUUACAUAUUGAAAUUUAUAAAAUGUCUUUUGAAUGUAACAGGAUGUACUUAGUUUGAGUGGAAUUUGUCACCAGAUUAUCAGUAACUUAUUGCCUCUUAUAAUGUAAAAUGUUAAACUUUAAUUCUAUAGACCUGAAUGGUAUUCAUUAAUGUCAGUAACUAAAAAAUAAAUCUUAGUUUUAGGACACUUUUUAUUUUGAGAGCAUGAAGUAUGGAAUGUGUCAAAUGAGAUUGUUGAUAAAGCUGAAACAACUUGCAAAAUGAUUUUUUAAUGAAAUGCAUAAAGUGUUUCUGAAUCCUAGAGUAUGCACUGCUGUUUGCUUGAUUAUGUGAUGUCAAAAGCUUAACUAUAUUCCAAGUCCAGACAUGCCAGGUGACACUGAGGAUGUGGAAUGGCUUUGUUUCUGUGUGGGGUAGCCUCACCAUCUAAAAGCAAUGCUGUUAAAACUCACUCAAUAAAAAUGAUUUUAAGAUGUAUAAA